ACGCUGUCUGCACGUGGAACACGCCAAGUGACGUAGCCACGAUAGUCAUCGUUCAUUUCACAGCUACGAGAAAGUGCGCGCACGCUUACGUGUGUGUGUGUGUGUCUGUAUACGCGUAUACGUGCGAAGAAGGGUGGUUUAAAGCCUUGGUUCGUUUAAGCCAGCCAGAAGUUUUCGCCCGUCUGCGACGAAGAUGUUUCAACCGAAGACUAUGCACGAAAUGAUCAAGCCGCUGAUCGUGGCAAACUUCGUCCUCGGGAUGGGAGUUUGGUCCAAGUCGCGGCAAAAAAUCUGGAGCGUCGCGUACUCGUUGUUCUGCCUGGUGAGCUAUUGCGUUCUGAUGAAAUUGACAAUCGAUUAUCUGCAGGUCUAUUACUUGAACAAGGUGCACCCGCUCGGCAAUGUCACGUUUAAAGCGAUCUUCUACGCCAACAUCUGCCUGGCGUUGUGCCUUGUCCCCAGCGGAUGGUGGAGGAGGAAGCACAUGAAGGCGGCGAUGAUGCGUAUCACGAUGUGUGAGAAAACUAUGGAGCAAAUGGGAAUACAGAAGAACUAUCGGAAAUUUUACUUGGAUCAGCUUUACGCGCUGGUGUUCGUCGCGGUGGUGUUUGUCGUAUUUGCUGCCAUCAAUUACGAAGGAAUGUUUACGCAGGAGACACCCUUGCAUAUCAAAAUCAUCCUUGUGCUCGCUGUACAUUAUCCCGUCGGCUUGCUCUACGUGAGCGACGUGUCGUUUCUGCAUUGGGUCAGGUACUCGAAGAUUCGAUUCGAGCAGUUAAACAAUCUGCUACAACGCAUGCUAACGACCACUCCCGAUUCGCCGCAGCACAAGAGAGUGCUGAAAAUGAAGGACGAAUGGAAUAAGACUUUUAUCACAUCGGCGACGCAACAGGAUAGCAGAUCAAAAGAUAACACCGACACAAUGAGAGCCGUCAAGCAAGUACAUCUGGAAUUAAUCAAGUCGACUAGGAGCACGAAUGAAGCGUACGGCAUACAGAUUCUUUUUUCCAUGACAAUAUCCUUUGUAUUCAUCACUAGUCUUCUUUACUAUGCCUACUCGAUUAUAUGGGUGAAUAUGAAUGCGGAGAUGUUCCGACGAGAGAUGAUACCGCUUGUCGGCUGGAUUCUAUUCUACGCGUCGAAAGUCCUUAUCAUAAAUCACACGUGCGCUUUGGCGAGUAUCGAGGCCGCAAACACGGGUGAUAUAAUUUGCGAACUGUACGAGCCAUCCACUAGCAAAGAAUUUCGCGCCGAGAUACGAGAUUUCACUUUGCAACUAAUACAAAAUCCGUUAGUUUUCACCGCGUGUGUUUUCAAUUUGGAUCAUACAUUUAUUCACGGGGUCAUUGGUUCAGUCACCACGUAUCUUGUGAUUCUUAUUCAAGUCGGAGAUCUACAAAAAGGAAAUUCUACUCUACUGAAUAACGGAACAAACUUUACUACAUUUAACACUCUUACAACUGAUAUUUAUCAAUAAAGAUAAAUUUCGUGUGUGUUAUUUUUUAUUGAAUCAUAUACAUUUUAACAAUCGAGAAUUUGUGCGAUCAUCUUCAUAAAUACAUAUAUAUUUUGUGUGCAUUUGUAAUGCAAAAUAUCGGAAUACUUGUUCCUGUUCAUUAAGUGUUGAAUU